CUCCCCGCCACCCGGCCCCGACCCCGCCGUGCCCCCCCAGACCCGGACCAGCCCCGGACCAGCCUCGGGAGCCCCCAGCAUCGUACAGAAGAUCCAGAGCAGACUUUUCUCCACAUUUCUAUAGCCAACUGAUGUGACAAUGGUACUAAUAUUGGGGCGCAGACUAAACAGAGAGGAUCUUGGGGUACGUGACUCCCCAGCGAUUAAGCGGAAAGUUUUUGAAAUGGACCCAAAGUCCCUCACAGGCAAUGAGUUUUUCGACUUCUCUUCGGGAUCGUCCCACGCCGAGAGCAUCCUCCAGAUAUUUAACGAGUUCCGAGAUAGCCGCCUGUUCACAGAUGUCAUCAUCUGUGUGGAAGGGAAAGAGUUUCCCUGCCACAGAGCCAUCCUCUCGGCCUGCAGCAGCUACUUCAGAGCUAUGUUUUGUAACGACCACAGGGAAAGUCGCGAGAUGCUGGUGGAGAUCAACGGCAUCUUGGCCGAAGCCAUGGAUUGCUUUCUGCAGUACGUUUAUACUGGGAAGGUGAAGAUCACCACCGAGAACGUCCAAUAUAUCUUUGAAACGUCGAGUCUCUUCCAGAUCAGCGUCCUGCGGGACGCUUGUGCCAAGUUCUUAGAGGAGCAGUUGGAUCCUUGCAAUUGUCUAGGGAUCCAGCGCUUUGCCGACACCCAUUCUCUCAAGACACUCUUCACAAAAUGCCGGAAUUUCGCCCUGCAGACUUUUGAGGAUGUGUCCCAGCAUGAAGAAUUCCUCGACCUUGGCAAAGAUGAACUGAUCGAUUACAUCUGUAGUGACGAGCUGGUGAUCGGUAAGGAGGAGAUGGUUUUUGAAGCGGUCAUGCGCUGGGUAUAUCGUGCCGUUGAUCUGAGGAGGCCAUUGUUGCAGGAACUUCUGACGCACGUGAGACUCCCCCUGCUUCACCCUAACUAUUUCGUUCAAACGGUUGAGGUGGAUCAACUGAUUCAGAACUCCCCCGACUGCUACCAGCUGCUGCAUGAAGCCAGAAGGUACCACAUCCUUGGAAAUGAAAUGAUGUCCCCGAGAACAAGGCCCCGCAGGUCAACGGGUUACUCCGAGGUGAUAGUUGUGGUGGGCGGAUGCGAACGUGUUGGGGGAUUUAAUCUUCCUUACACCGAAUGCUACGAUCCCGUGACAGGAGAAUGGAAGUCUUUGGCUAAGCUCCCAGAAUUUACCAAGUCUGAAUACGCAGUGUGUGCUCUAAGGAAUGACAUUCUCGUCUCAGGGGGAAGAAUCAACAGCCGUGAUGUCUGGAUUUAUAACUCUCAGCUAAACAUUUGGAUCAGAGUUGCCUCCCUGAAUAAAGGCAGAUGGCGACACAAAAUGGCUGUCCUCCUUGGUAAAGUGUAUGUCGUCGGAGGCUACGAUGGACAAAAUCGCCUGAGCAGCGUAGAGUGCUACGAUUCAUUUUCAAAUCGCUGGACCGAAGUGGCGCCUCUUAAAGAAGCAGUUAGUUCACCUGCGGUGACCAGCUGCGUAGGCAAAUUGUUUGUGAUUGGUGGAGGACCAGAUGAUAACACCUGCUCUGAUAAGGUGCAGUCUUACGAUCCUGAAACAAACUCAUGGUUACUGCGUGCAACUAUCCCUAUUGCCAAGAGAUGUAUAACAGCUGUAUCUUUGAACAACUUGAUCUAUGUUGCGGGAGGGCUUACCAAGACAAUCUACUGCUAUGAUCCUGUGGAAGACUAUUGGAUGCAUGUACAGAACACAUUCAGCCGCCAGGAAAACUGCGGCAUGUCUGUGUGUAAUGGCAAAAUCUACAUCCUGGGUGGAAGAAGAGAAAAUGGAGAAGCAACCGACACCAUUCUCUGUUACGAUCCGGCAACUAGUAUCAUCACGGGAGUAGCGGCAAUGCCCAGGCCCGUGUCAUAUCACGGCUGUGUAACUAUCCAUAGGUUCAAUGAAAAAGGCUUUAAGCUCUAAAGAAAGAAGCCCUCACCAAACAGUAAGAACGCUCAAUUCAAGGUGGCAUUCUCAAGAGCUCUAUAAAGAGAAACUGGCAUUUUCCUAAAAGUGUCACAUGUAAAAAUGCUCCUAUUAUUGCUUUGAAAAACAAACUCUGUUUCAAAUUGUAAAUAGAAAAAGGCAUCCCAAACCUUUCCAGUAAUUGAAAUUCUAUUUCCUAAUUUGAUAGUAUGCUCAUUUGAUAAGUGUGUUCCCUUUUUGUAAAUUCAAAGUCCUUGGCAUUUUGGAGGGGUACUUUCACAAGGAUUUGUAGCACCUAUAAAUAUACUCAUUUUCAGUCAUUAGUGUCGAAUCCUUUAAAAUGUAAAUACGCUUACUCUCCAAGCAUCUAUGCACCUAGAGGUGAUUAAAAUAAGAAUAUUCAUUCUAGCUGGAAGUUACAUAUGAUUUGCCCAUUUCUAAUUGGAAUUAACCCCUGUUAGAACCUAUAUUAAUUCAUAACAAGAAAAUAGAUUUUUAAAUUGACUAUGAUUAUUGAGGGGUGAUGUACUAUCAAUGUGAGAACUUGGAAGUGGUACAGUAGCUCUUCUGAACUUCACUGGCCACUUCUGUACACCUGCUAUUGUUCCUGAAAGCUUUUUAUGGAAUCUCCGAAACCGUGCUCUGAAACCACAGAUUAAUUCUGGUGGAAAUCUACAUACGAGACUCUUGAAAUGUAUGCCCUUCACCUAUCGACCAGUUGGUAUGUUUCGGUUCUUAUUUUUCUUGAACCUGUCCCGAAGAUUGCCUCAUCUGACAAGCGGUCACUGUAAGCCACCUUUUCAAAAUUCCAACGCCGAGCAGAUACAGCUAGGGAGUAACAGUUCUGUAUUAACCUUAUCAGAAAGAGGAUGGAAACAAUGCUGUUUAAUAGUCAAAGGUAUAUGUGGGCAGUUCUUGUUUAUUUAACCGUUUUGCAAAAUGCCAGGAUCAACUGCAUCCUUUCAAAGAACAAGUUGUCUCUCUCCAGAUCUUUUCGCCUCGGGUUUCAAAGAGGUCUGGGUAGUUAGAGAGGAAAUCAAUGUGGGCGGAUGUGUCUGUGUACCCAUCUGAGCAUUUAUCUUGAGCCUUGGUGCAGCGUGCAUAUAUUCUGAUGCAGAUAAAUAAGGCUUAGUAACCUUCCA